AUGUUAGCAAUAAACAAGAAGUGGAUAGUAGUCAUAUUACUUGUAAUAAUUCGCAUAUUAACUCUUCAAUACUAUGCAAGUGAUCCCAAUAUAUAUACAGAUCCUUUAAACGUGAUACCUGGAUACACGUUUAGAGAUAUCAAAGACUCUUGUACAUUAAUUAAAAGUGGUAUAAGCCCUUAUGUAUCAUAUAAUAUCCGAUUUCCAGUAUUAUUUUUGGCUUUAUUUAAUGAUUGGUGCCCUUAUACUAAGUCUAAAGAACUAGGUUUAUUUUUAGUCCUUACAUUACUAGAUCUAGCUACAGCUCUGUUAAUAUUAGACUACCAUGAAAAUUUGGAUAUUAAUGAAGAAUUUUCAACUUCAAAAUCUGAUUCAGUUCGUUCAUAUAUAUCUUUUAUAUUAUUUGUAGGAUAUUUAUUCAAUCCUAUUGGGAUUUACACUAAUAUUUCGUUAUCUUUUGGACCUAUUAUUAACCAGCUUCUAUUGGUAUUAUUGUUAUGGUUUUCAAACAAGAAAUAUUGUGGAAAUAAAAGAUUUUUUUUACCAAUUACUUAUAGUAUACUGAUAUAUUUUUCAUCAAUAAAUUUUAUAUGCCUAUUAGCACCUUUGAUUUAUUGUUAUAGUAUAUCUGAUAACAUAAGUCAAAAUGACUCCAAUUUUUCUACAGAAUAUCUUGAUGUAAAAUCUAAAAAGAAUAAAGUUUCAUAUUUAAUAAUUAAUAUAAUUCCUAAAAUAUUUAAAUCAAUGAAUAAUAUUUAUAGUAUAAUAUGGAGUCGUGUCUUUACAUUUAUCAUGUUAUUUUCUAUAUCUCUAUGUAUAUUUCAUACUUUAUCACUACUUAUUAUUGAUAGUAUGAGUAUUGAAGAUUAUAUCAAUAGAUUUUUUUGGCAUAUAAUUACUUUCAAUAAUCAUGAUACUCUUACUCCCUCCCUAAGUAUAUAUUGGUAUAUAAUGACAGUAAUAUUUUCCCGUUUUAAACUCCUCUUUCAAAUGUUAUUUGGGGUCUAUUCAUUACUUAUUAUUUUUCCGCUAAUUUUUGCAUUUAGAAAUACACCAACCAAGAUAAUGGAAACUACAAUAGUAAUGGUUUUAUUUUUUCAAAAUCAUCCAACAUUAAUAAAUUAUACUCUGUGUCUAUACUUAAUAUUAUUUGAUUUUUCAAGUCAUAAGGAAACACAUUAUUCUCGCUUUAUAACUGGUUUAUUAUCUUUAAAUAUAGUUGGUUUAUCUUUAAUAUCAAAUAUCAGACAUAUCUGGUUAGUAGAAAAUCGAGCAAAUGCAAAUUACAUGUACUCUAUAUGUAUAAUUAUACAAGGAUCCUUACUUUUAUUAACUAGAGAAUGGAUACAUCUAGCUUAUAGGAAACAAUUAGAAAUAUCAAAAAACAAAGUCUUAAAAAUCAAACAUGAAUAA